AUGGAGGAGCCAGAGAAAGAGAGCUUAGAUGGCUCGUCCAUAAAACCAGUUUCAUCUCUGCGAUCCCAUUUCGAACAAAUGGCAAAUGCCCAACCGGCCAAUAACACUGCAACAAGAGGAGUUUCCCCAAAAGGUUUGAGGAAUACUGCUAGUCCUGGAGAUACCGCCAGAGUAGCGCCAACCAUACCGAACCGACCGGAGUCAGUAACGCAUUUAGCGGAAUCAGUUCAAUCUACGAGAGGUCGUGAUGCAGAAGCGACUGAUGUUACACUGCGCCCUCCGCGUGCGAAUGGCGGUCGAAAGUUAUCUCCCUCACCUACUCGAGUUAUUACUCCUUCUUUAAGGCCAAUAUCAACUGCCCCUCCCGCCGUUACUGUUCAGCCACCUCAAUCACCUCCAAAGAUAAAGAAUCUGAAUCUUUCAUUGGCAAACGCCUCUGCGUAUUUAUCGACAGAUGCACCUUUUUCGGCUUCAUUCAAUAGUUCCUCCCAGGGCCAUUUCAAGAUUCCUAGUCGGUCAAACACACCUUUGACGGAAAACAAAAACUCGCCAUCUUCACUGCCGCCCUCGCCACCUCCUCCUAGACGAUCAGGCGAGGUGAGAAGGAAUUCAUCAUUCAAGGUUGGACCUCCGCCGAUCAAUCGCGCCGACAAACCUAAGAUAUCAAGUAAACCGGUAGGGUUCAGUUCAAGCGCAGAAAGUGUGAACUUAGCACCUAUAUCCGUUCAAAUACCUAUAGAAAAGACAUCUCCAUUUAGUACCCCUCCAAGUAGUGGAGGAAGUAUCGAAAACGACUAUCCAGUAGCUCCACCAUUACCGCGAAAUAGGCCACGGCCAGUCUCCUACACUCCUUCGUCUAGAUCUUUCGAGCCUCCCCCUAGACACCAUUCCGUUUCAAGUAGACAGAGAGAUCAGGAGACCAAUGGUCUAGGUCGAGCUAUAAUAUCCCCGCAAUUUACUGGGGGAGACCGAAGACCUGCGUUACCUAGCCGGCCAAUGCCACCACCUCCUCGGCCUUCCGUUGACAGAUCAAGACCCCCAGUGACUAAUGCUAUGCCGGUCGACAACGGACAAAAUUUCGCGACCCCUCCAAAAAGAGUUCUUUCAAACCCUACGGCCCAAUUACAAACUCCAACUAGAUCUCAUGGGAGAUCUAUGACAGUUGAUAGGACAAGCGAUAAAACGCCGGCCGAGUUCAGAACUCCGGUGGUGUCUGUGUCAACUAGAAUCGACCAUCGUCCUUCGAGUGAUGUGCCCUCCACUCCAGUAACCAGGGAAGGCCUAUCUUUCAAGGCAGGCGAAUAUCCGGAUACCUCUCAUUCAAACCGUAGACCUCCAUACUUUACUAAAGGGGCAUACGAAAUAUCAACAAAGUAUGAUACUCGCAUUUUAGAUGUUUGCGGAGAAUACGUAUGCACCACUGGCCACUUAACUAGGGUUUGGAGUCUACUAGACGGAGGUGUAGUUAUGAGCUUAGCUCAAACCGAGGGAAUUAAAGUCGUAUCUGUAGCUUUCAAGCCAGCAGCGGAAGUACAAAAUGAGGGCACAAAGCUAUGGUUAGGUAACAAUAUUGGAGAUUUGGUUGAGGUUGACAUUUCAAGCGGAAGCAUUGUUGCGAGCAAGUCCAACGCCCACACUCGUCGUGAGAUAAUUAAAAUUUAUCGUCACUUGAACGAAUUGUGGACACUUGAUGAUGGCGGAUCAUUGCAUUUAUGGGCUUCAGACGACACUGGUGAACCUAAUUUGACCAACAACCCAUCCCAGAGCUAUCGACUUCCGAAAGGUCAUACAUUUUCGCUGGUUAUUGAUGGUGAAUUGUGGCACGCAGCAGGCAAGGAUAUACGGGUUUUCAUCCCCACACUAGAUGGAAGCUCCCAGUUUCAGGUUUUACAACGCCCCCUUCAUCAACCGGAUGCAGGUGAAGUAACAUCGGGUGCUGUCAUAAGUUCUCAGCCUGACCGGAUAUACUUUGGUCAUGUUGAUGGAAAAGUAAGCAUAUAUUCUCGACAUGAUUAUGCAUGCCUAGGAGUAGUAAAUAUCAGCGUUUAUAAAAUCACAUCUCUUGUGGGUGUAGGCAGUAAUCUUUGGGCUGGCUUUAGUACGGGUAUGGUAUAUGUAUAUGAUACUACUUAUACUCCAUGGGUCGUAAGGAAGGACUGGCGUGCUCAUCAUGAUCCACUUAUUGGCCUAUUUGUUGACCGUAGCAGCUUUUGGAUGCUUGAUCGGGAACAUGUCAUUUCCUUGGGCCAGGACAAUAUGGUACGAGCAUGGGAUGGUCUGCUUCAAGAUGAUUGGAUGGAGCAACAGAUGCAAUCUCAGGAAGCAGAUUUCUGCAAACUUACCCCAAUCAAGACUUUAGUUAUGACGUGGAACGCGGGCGCAUCUACUCCAUAUCAUCUUCAACAAUCUGAUCAAGAUUCGAGGUUUUUGCCUCAACUUCUUCAAGACAGCGAUCGACCAGAUAUAUUAGUCUUCGGAUUCCAGGAACUGGUUGAUCUGGAAGAUAAAAAGACUACCGCUAAAAGUUUCUUCAAAUCGAAGAAGAAGGAGAAGGAUUCUGAUCAUGAACACAUGAGCCAUCAAUAUCGAAAUUGGCGAGACUUCCUUACCAGAUGCUUAGAUGAUUAUGUUCAGGGCGAAAUAUACCACUUGCUUCACACAGCAAAUCUAGUUGGCCUAUUCACAUGCGUAUUUGUUCGAUCUCCACUUCUACCACGAAUCAAAAAUAUCAAUGCUGCUGAAAUCAAAAGGGGUAUGGGUGGACUCCAUGGGAACAAGGGCGCAUUGAUUCUUCGAUUUAUGCUGGAUGAUACAUCGAUGUGCUUCAUUAACUGUCAUCUUGCUGCUGGACAAACACAAACGAAAGAUAGAAACACAGACAUAAGUAUGAUCCUCGAAAGCCAGGUUCUACCUGCAGAACGCGAUCACAGCGUCCGCAUAGAUAGUUUUGUGGGCGGCGGUGAUGGAACAAUGAUCCUCGAUCAUGAAAUCUGCAUUUUGAAUGGCGAUUUGAACUACCGUAUCGAUACAAUGGGCAGAGAUACUGUGGUUAAUGCGGUAAAAGCCAAUAACUUGGCAAAACUUCUGGAGCGAGAUCAACUUCUUGCUUCAAAACGCAAAAACCCGUGGUUUCGAUUACGCGCUUUCCACGAACUACCCAUCACUUUCGCGCCGACCUAUAAAUACGAUGUAGGAACUGACAAUUAUGACACGAGUGAGAAAAAAAGAGCACCCGCUUGGUGUGAUCGAUUACUUUACCGUGGACACAAUCGUGUAGAGCAGCUCGAUUACCGUCGACAUGAGGUUCGAGUGUCUGAUCAUAGACCCGUAACUGGAUUGUUCCACAUGGUUAUUAAAUCAAUUUCACCGCAGAAGCGUGCCGUUAAAUGGGAGGAAUGUUUACAGAACUUUAAAAAUUUGAAAGAGAAGCUUGGCUCAGAAGCAAGGCUUGAUUAUCUCAUAAAUGUUCUGGGUUUCGAUCCCAAGACUAGUCAACAGAUAGUUUCAUCGGGACCGGGAACUUAUGGGGGCCGUUGA